GAACGAGGCAAAGUGCAAACGUGCAAAAAUAUCUCGCUAGAAAAAAGUUGAAGCGGAGACAACAUCAAUGACUGCGACCACGACGACGAUGCUGUCACAACGACGGGCGUCUUGAAUGAUCCGAUUUUGUAGCUGAUUGGUUGAGCAAAGUCCGUGACUGAAUGCAUCGCCUGAGGAAGAGGAGAAGCCAUCCCGCCGAAUCAAACCGCAGUACUUGCAAGCCAUCAUAACAAAUAGAAAACGUCCAGCAACAACAACACGAGGGAACAGGAGCAGUUCAUGUGAAAAUAGUACAAACUUAUUUCGUCCUUGGGAUUUUCAACAACAACAACAACAAGCCAUACAAGCGCCAACUAAAGCAGAAAAAUAAAAGCACGAGCACUUUCAUUGAGCUGCUCCCAACACCUUCGCUCUCUCCUCACCUAGGAGGGCCAAGGCACAAUCGUGGCCCAACGACAUCAGCACGGAAGCAACGGCGUCGGGGUCGGUGCCGGGGUCGGCGCCGGCAUUGGCGUCGGCAACGUUCCCGUCAUCAUGGAAGGGCCCGAGGUGACAUUUCUCUUUCAAUUCGGCAGCAUACGCGAUGCAGUCUCCGUGCCAGUAAACUCCCUGACGCUCAAAACACUUAAGGAUUUGGCAUGUGAUUUCAUAAACACCAAGAUACCCGAUAGUGGACUGACGUAUCUGUCAGAACGCAUUCUGCUGUUUCGUCACGACUACAGCAGCCCUAAUGUGCUUCACAUUAUCAACUCGGCAUCGGAAGUUGUGGACGAGACCUUGGUGGAAAUUGUACUGACGGCCAGUCCCAUACUCUAUCCCACGUCGGAAAUGCCAACACUGAAGCCUCACAGCCUGAACGUGCAUUCCUACAAGGCGCCCACAUUCUGUGAUUUCUGCGGUGAAAUGCUGUUCGGUUUGGUACGUCAAGGACUCAAAUGCGAUGGCUGCGGUCAGAACUAUCACAAACGAUGCGUGGUAAAAAUACCGAACAACUGCAAUCGUGCCAACGAUGCGACAUCGAGGCGCUCAUCCGCACUCCACCCACCCCGCAGUCCCUCCGGUGGCUCACAGCAAUCUCUGGUCUCCAAUGAGGAUGCGACAUCGGCAACAGGAAAGAACGACUCGGGCACUUCUCUGAACGUACCCGGCUACCGGCCCCAUCAGCGAACCCAUUCUUCGGGCAGCGGUCGGAAUGGACUGACGGUGCUGCGGAUCCCACACACCUUUAUGGUGCACACAUAUGCCAUUCCGACGGUCUGUCAGUACUGCAAGAAGCUGCUGAAAGGACUGUUCAAGCAGGGGCUGCAAUGUCGCGACUGUCAGUACAAUACGCACAAAAAGUGCAUGGACAAGGCGCCGCAGGACUGCACAGGCGAGGCACAGCUGAGCCAACUGCAGCAGCAGCAUGAGGAGGGAACGCCGCGCAAGGAGCGAGACAAUUUCUUUCGCGAGGAAUUUGAUGACAGCGAUUUCGAGGAUAGUCCAGGAUCUGGAUCUGGAUCCGGAUCUGGACAUGCCCAGUCGGACUACAUGAAGUAUGCCAAGGCAACGGGUGCCACAAAUUUGGUUGCGGGUCGACCACGGGAGGCGCCCAAGGCACUAACCAACGCACACAAUUCGCCGCCGGAGCUCUUCAAUGGUGGCAUGAGUGGGCAUGAUAAUGCGGUGGCGACUGGCGGUACUGACACAAAAAGUGCCAGCGACGGCCACUCGGAACAAUCGCAAUCGUCCACCUCAUCCUCGCCCAGUGCCAACAUUCCGUUAAUGCGAAUCGUUCAGUCGGUGAAGCACACAAAGAAACGCGGUGGACAGGCCUUAAAAGAGGGCUGGAUGGUUCAUUAUACCAGCCUGGAUAAGGCUGUGAAGCGUUACUUCUGGCGACUGGACUCCAAAACCAUCACACUCUUCAUCUCAGAGCAAGGCAGCAAGUAUCACAAGGAGCUGCCACUUGCCGAACUCAUCGCCAUUGAGACGCAACGGGAGCCUAGCGUGGAUAGCAACUACGGCUUCGAGCUGCGCAUGCCCAAUAUCAGUUACUUUGUGGGACAGGAUCCUUUGGUGGGUGCACGCGAGGAGCAGGCGAUACGUCUGCCACCACCGGACAGUGGCAUCGGAAGCGAUAUAGCCAAGAGCUGGGAGACGAGCAUUCGACAGGCCUACAUGCAUGUCACCAAUACGCAAUGCUGCGAAUCUGAGGAGCAAGUACAAGACAUGGGCCAGCUCUAUCAAAUCUUUCCCGACGAGGUGCUUGGUUCCGGCCAAUUUGGCGUUGUCUAUGGUGGGGUCCAUAAGAAAACCAAACGCGAAGUGGCCAUCAAGGUCAUCGAUAAGCUGCGCUUUCCCACAAAACAGGAGGCACAGCUUAAGAACGAGGUUGCCAUUCUACAAAAUAUUGACCACUGUGGCGUCGUGAAUUUGGAGCGCAUGUUCGAGACCCCGGAACGCAUAUUUGUGGUCAUGGAGAAGCUAAAGGGAGAUAUGCUGGAGAUGAUUCUGUCCCAUACGCGUGGUCGUCUCAGCGAACGUGUAACCAAAUUCCUCAUCACACAAAUCCUUAUAGCGCUCAAGUACCUGCACUCCCAGAAUAUUGUGCACUGCGAUUUGAAGCCGGAGAAUGUGCUGCUCUCCUCGGAUGCGGAGUUUCCGCAGGUGAAGCUCUGCGACUUCGGCUAUGCUCGUAUCAUUGGCGAGAAGUCUUUUCGACGCUCUGUGGUGGGCACGCCGGCCUAUUUGGCGCCCGAGGUGCUGAGGAACAAGGGCUACAAUCGUUCGCUGGACAUGUGGAGCGUAGGAGUAAUCAUCUAUGUGAGUCUCAGCGGUACGUUUCCCUUUAACGAGGAAGAGGACAUCAAUGAUCAAAUACAAAAUGCCGCCUUCAUGUAUCCGCCAAAUCCCUGGAAGGAAAUCUCCUCGAAUGCCAUUGACCUCAUCAACAAUUUGCUGCAGGUGAAGCAGCGCAAGCGUUACACUGUGGACAAGAGUUUGCAGCACUACUGGCUUCAGGAUAAGCAAACGUACCAUGACCUGCGCAACCUGGAAACCCAGGUGGGCACACGUUAUCUCACACACGAAGCGGAUGACAUACGUUGGGAUUGCGUGGGCGACAUGUGACCUGUGCCAGCAGCAUUGCUCGAGCACACCCAUCAGUUGUCCAGCAGCACACAGAGCGCUCCCAGCGAGGGCUUUCCAGUCCAGACCUCGACAAAUUGCGGUGGCUGUCAUCGGCUCUCCAGCUCGCCCAAAGUGGAGGCCAUCGGCGACAAGGCGUUGAAAUGGAUGCGUUUCCAUCUCUGUCGACACAUCAAGUAGCGGCCAGGGCAUAUUUUAUCCAAUUUCUCUCUCCCUCUCUUUUCUAUCUUGCUAUCUCGAUGUAUAUCCUAGCUAUAUAGUAAAAAAGUGCGUUUGGAAAUGUUGUUUCCAUCUUCAAAUUACCAUAAAUUUUAUAAUUUCACAAAUGAAUUACUUUAUAGAAAAGAAAUGUAUUCAAAACGAUGAUUUCAUUUGAUUUGAAAAUAGAGAUUACUUAAAAACUAAAAUUUCAUUUCUAAAAAAAAAAAAAUUCAUUU